AAGGCUGGUCCCUCUCUAAAUAAACUAAUGCUCACCCUUUGACUCUUGGUCAAGAGUCGUCCUGAGCUGACCGUAGCCGCCUUCAGCAGCAUUUUGAGCUCUGCAGGUGAAGCCUCAGGACCAGCUGCCUCCAGGAACCAUGCCGACCGUGGAUGAUAUUCUAGAACAUAUUGGGGAAUUCCACCUUUUCCAGAAACAGACAUUUUUCCUUUUAUCUCUGCUCUCGGGUGCCUUCACCCCUAUCUAUGUGGGCAUUGUCUUCCUGGGCUUCACCCCUGACCACCGCUGCUGGAGUCCUGGGGCGGCCGAGCUGAGCCAGCGAUGCGGCUGGACUCUGGCAGAGGAGACGAACUACACCAUGCCGGGCCUGGGGUCUGCAGGCCAGGCCUCCUACCUCAGCCAGUGUAUGCAGUAUGAGGUGGAUUGGAACCAGAGCGCCCUUGGCUGUGUGGACCCGCUGUCCAGCCUGACUACCAACAGGAGCCACCUGCCCCUGAGCCCCUGCCAGCAUGGCUGGGUGUACGACACUCCCGGCUCCUCAAUCGUCACUGAGUUUAACCUGGUGUGCGCUCGCUCCUGGAUGCUGGACCUGUUUCAGUCAGUAGUGAACGUGGGGUUCUUCAUCGGUGCGAUGGGGAUUGGCUACCUGGCAGACAGGUUUGGCCGAAAGUUCUGCCUCUUGGUCACCAUCCUCAUCAAUGCGACCUCUGGCGUUCUCAUGGCGAUUUCUCCCAACUAUGCCUGGAUGCUGGUGUUUCGCUUUCUCCAAGGGCUGGUCAGCAAAGCAGGCUGGUUAAUUGGCUAUAUCCUGAUUACAGAAUUUGUUGGGCUGCGCUAUCGCAGAACAGUGGGGAUUUUUUACCAAGUCGCCUUCACCAUUGGGCUCCUGAUACUAGCGGGCGUGGCCUAUGUGAUUCCCCGUUGGAGGUGGCUGCAAUUUGCCGUGACUCUGCCGAACUUCUGCUUCCUGCUCUAUUUCUGGUGCAUACCUGAAUCUCCAAGAUGGCUGAUCUCCCAGAACAAAAAUGCAAAAGCCAUGAAGAUAAUUAAGCACAUUGCUAAGAAAAAUGGAAAAUCAGUGCCAGUCUCUGUUCAGAGCCUGCGAGCAGAUGAGGAUGCUGGUGAGAAACUGAGCCCUUCCUUCCUUGACUUGGUCAGAACUCCUCAGAUAAGGAAACACACUUUGAUCUUGAUGUAUAAUUGGUUCACGAGCUCUGUUCUCUACCAGGGCCUCAUCAUGCACAUGGGCCUCGCAGGGGGCAACAUCUACCUGGAUUUCUUUUACUCCGCCCUGGUAGAAUUUCCAGCUGCCUUCAUCAUCAUCCUCACCAUAGACCGGGUUGGUCGCCGCUAUCCCUGGGCUGCGGCAAAUAUGGUGGCAGGAGCAGCCUGCCUAGCUUCGGUUUUUAUCCCCGAUGAUCUACAGGGGCUGAAAAUUGCCAUCGCAUGCUUGGGUAGAAUGGGCAUCACCAUGGCCUAUGAGAUGGUCUGCCUGGUCAACGCUGAGCUCUACCCAACAUACAUCAGGAAUCUUGGUGUCCUUGUCUGUUCCUCCAUGUGUGACAUCGGUGGCAUCGUCACACCUUUCCUGGUCUUCCGUCUGACCGACAUCUGGCUGGAGUUCCCACUGGUGGUAUUUGCUGUGGUUGGCCUUGUCGCUGGGGCUCUCGUGCUGUUGCUACCUGAGACCAAGGGGAAGGCUCUGCCUGAGACCAUUGACGACGCGGAGAACAUGCAGAGUCCCAGAAAAAAAGAAAGAAAAGAGAAUUUACCUCCAAGUCAAGAAAGCAGACCUUCAGCUAAGCUGAAGAGGAAAAGCAAGUGCUGUGGAAGCUGGCUUUGCUCACUCCGAAGCCAGAGGCAGAGCUCCCCUCCCCUCUCAACCUACACAACCCAAGUGCUCUUCCCCAUGAACUCCAUCAGCAGUGAGCUGUAGCCCACACUGUUUGUUGCACUGAUGUGUCAAACUCUACCUACCAGCCAGGGUCUCCCACCUCACUAUGCUCUCAACACUCCCAGGAAACAGCCAUUGGUUUACUGGAUUUGUCUUUUCAUCUUUUCAUUUCUUUAUUUGGUGUCUUUCUCCAUCACAAAAUCAAGCCAAAAUGUACA